AUGACUGCUCCGAAGAUCCUCGUAUGUGGUGAUGUACUCGGCCGUCUCAAGCAGCUCUUCAAGCGAGUUCAGUCGGUGCGGCACCGGUUGCCUUGUGGCCUUUUCUCCGGACGGAUAGCGUAUCUAGGGUUGGUCUUCUUUUCCGCCGUCGGCACCUGGUUGUGAUUCCUCGUCUCUUGCAGGUCAAUGCCUCGAACGGGCCGUUUGAUGUCCUACUCUGCGUUGGGCAGUUCUUCCCGAACUCGCCCGACGGCCUCGAGGAGUUGUCUGACUACCUGGAAGGUCGGGCUCCGAUACCCAUCCCCACCUACUUCACUGGUGACUACGGCGUCGGAUCGGCCAAGUUCCUCUCGGCCACCUCGCAACAGCAUUCAGAUAGGGGGUUCAAGACCGACGGCCUCAAGGUUUGCGACAACCUUUACUGGCUUAGAGGCAGUGGCGUGUUCCAUUUGAAGGGUACCACUGAUUGUCCUAACUACACCAGUCUCGUGCUAUUCAUUUGAAGAGUAUUCUGUCUUUUUCUUGACUCCCCAUUCAACGUCAUCCCUUGCAGAUUUGUAUAUAGCCUACCUAUCAGGGAGAUCUCAGUCGCAGAGCCUGGGUUUCGGGCUAUACAGUGAUGACGACAUCGGCGCACUGCGAAUGCUGGCUGAGGAUGAACAAAUUGUUGACAUUUUCCUAACAUAUCCUUUGGCCUGUUUCUUUGCUGCCUCUGCUUCAAUGGUUGGGUCGUAUGCUGUUGUUAUAUUCACUCUUCCCUUUGCUAUGCCCUUGAUCUACGAACACUAAUGAAUGGCCCAGAGGAAUUACAAAUAAAGCUGACACAUCCACUGCACCACAAGGAGUCUCUGAUCCUGCAUGCUGUGAUCCCGCCAUAUCAGAGCUGGCUGCAGAGAUCAAACCCCGGUGGGUGCAUGAACGUUGAUUGUGGGUGUUCAUCAAGCUCUGUUUUAGUUUCUCACAACGAGAGUCUGAUUUACUAUUCAUGUGAAAACUAGUCUACAGGUGUGGCCGUGUCAUUCGUAGCAAUCAUCCCAUUUCUGUAGCUUAAAUCUCUGGCAUAAAAUCUGUGGUUCUUCCUAAAAUUGGUGUUUCCACGGCUUGUGUGCUGGGAUUUGGACCCAGCUUCAAGUGCUUACUGUCAUUUUUCUGACCAAAAAUUUUAAUGUUUUAUUUUGUGGUCAGAUAUCACUUUGCGGGCACUAAGUCUAUAUUUUAUGCUCGCGAACCGUAUCUAAAUGACAAGGGCAUGCAUGUUACUCGCUUUGUGGGGCUUUCUGCUGUUGGGAACAAGGACAAACAGGUGUUAUUUUCUUUGUGGCACAGCUUGAUUUUUUCACUUGAAGGAAGCCGCAUUUUUUUUCUUUGGAACCCUACACUUCUUUCUGCUAUGCCUUCCAUUCUAUUUGAACAUUUCAUUUAUUGGUGUAUUUUAUUUAUUCACAUUGGGUGGUUUUUUUUUACAAUGUUAUUUUUAUUCUUUAAAGUUUCAGAUACAGUUUUGAGGUAAGAUCUGAGCCUUAGCCAUCAAUCAGUUCAAAUUGGUGGGUGACGAUGGUGAUGAUCUGAGAGAAUUAUGGAACGCAAAUAUUCAAGUCUUUUUAGAUGCUCAACGAAAUGAGGGAUACUGCUAUCCAAAAAGCAAAUAUUCAGGAAAUUUAGCAGAUGAAUAAAUCACAGUGGAUGAAUAAAUUUAUCCAUUAUUCAGUAAUCAUGAAACCAUAGUUGUGAUUUGUAAAAAAUUCUGUUCAUUGGGUAAAAUCAAGGAAAGGUAGUGAUGGUGCAUCCUCAGGGCGGGUAAAAGAUAAUAUCAUCUUAAAAGGAAUAGAAAGGAAAGUCUGCAUCUAUAACUUGUCAAAAAUCAGAGAGAAGUUCAUCAAGUUUUGAUCUUGUGUAUUCGUCAAGGAACUAUCUUAAAAUUUAUUCACCAUUGUCACUUUAUGUAGGAUUUGAUUUGGCACCAGGCAUUCAAUAACUGAUGGAUGUUGCGUGUUCUUCCCAGAAAUUCCUUCAUGCAAUUUCUCCAACACCAGCAAAAAGCAUGUCGCCAGCUGAUCUUCGUGCAAAGCCAAUGGGUACUACAUUGUCGCCGUACACAAUUUCAGAAGGCAAUGUUCCUAUUAGCAAAGAAACUAAACGACCUGGGGAUUCUGAUGUUGACGCACAAUUUUGGCGUUAUGAUGUCCCCCAGAAACGGCAGAGGCAGAGGGGUGCAGACGGUGAAAGAUUAUGCUUCAAGUUCACAUCCACCGGUUCUUGUCCCAAGGAGACUGAUUGUAUCUUUAGGCACGACAUGGAUGCCAGGGAACAUUACCUAAGGAAUGUGUGUUUUGAUUUCUUGAACAAGGGAAAAUGUGAAAGGGGUCCAGAUUGUAAAUUCAGUCACAAAUUAUCUGAGGAAGGGGAUCCGGUGAGAGCCCAGCGGUGAGUACUAUUUUCUUUCCAUGGUUCACUCUCUUUUAGCUUUUUUCUCUGUAGAUCCGUGUUGGGCCACUAUAUUUUUCUCUGUAUGUUAUUUAACAUUUUGAUCGAUAUUUUAUUUCAAAUAAAUCCAACUCCGAAUCGACAUAUUUUAUCUUAUAUAUUUAUCAUCACCUCAAACGUCUCAAUGAAUUUUGAUUUACCACCAGCAAAUUAACCGUACUGAUUGGUUGACUGCUAAACAGGCAGAGAUCGGAGAAAAGCUGCUGGUUCUGUUUGUCAAGUCCGAAUGUGGAGUCGCAUCUCAUUAUAUGUGUAGGUGAAAGUUACUAUUGUGCACUAGCGAAGGGUCCGCUAGUGGAUGAUCAUGUGCUGCUUCUUCCAAUUGAGCAUUGCCCUUAUACUCUUUCCCUGUCAUCAGAAUCAGAUGCUGAGUUAGAGGGUUUUAAGAAAGCACUCAAGAUAUUCUUCCAUAAACAAGGCAAGGCAGUUAUCUUCUAUGAGUUUCUGUUUCGACGCAGUCCUCAUGCCAAUCUUCAGGUAGCCAUGGCAUCAGUCCUUCAAUGUCAUGUGUGUUCAUAAUCAAUUUACAUUAAUCAUGGAAGAUAUUUAGGUUUUCUGUGCUCUGCAUCUUAUUUUAUUUCCUAAUACUUCUCAGUUUUCUGGCAGUCUGGUGAGAAACAUGCACCUUAUAUUUGGAUGAACGGGGCUUAUUGCUCAGAAAGCCUUCAUAAAUCAUUCAUCAUUUUAUCAUUAAUUAUCUUUCCCAAUGUUGACCAAUAAUGUUUAGGAAUAGUCAUAUUACCGACAAGCUUAUAAGGCACUCCUUAAAGGAGAAAUGGAAAGCCCUCUGAGUGUUCUGCCGGGUAAUAUCUGGGAAUAUCCGGCCUUGUCGACUUUCUAGCAGGCGCCCAUUGGAAGCAAUGAUGAGCUCGUGUUUUUUCUUACAUACGACUUCCGGCAUAGUUGAUCCUUUCUUUAAGUUUUUAUGUUUUUUAUUUUAUUUUAUAUUUUUAUUGAAAAUAGAGAGUGGGUAGGGUUUGACCCCCUGAACCUCAAUUACUUGAAAUUUGGUAGAGGACGAGGUUGAUCCCAUACAAAUUCACAAAGAAUUUCAAUAACCCGAAGCUGAUGGCAAAUAUCGGACGCCAUCGUCAGACAUGUAGUAGCAUAGCUGAACUCCAUGUAGAUGCUGAAUGAAAUGGCCGAUGGUGCUUUCCAAAUUUAUGGGAUUAGAUAUGGGAUUAAAGUCUUAAAUCCUUGGUAUCUGUUUACCUGACCUUCACUAAUCAUUUUAGUGAGCCUGCUGCACCAUUACAGAAUAAGAAAUUAUGCACCUAACCUUCUGUGAUCUUCCAAGGGAACGGUUAGGUGGGGGAGUAAGUGAACAUUUACACGGUCAAGAUCAGUGUUUUGUCCCUCCAUGACUAUAAAUUAUAAAUUAUUUACGGUGUAGAGUUGGAUUUAUAUUAAUUCCCAUCAUCAGAGUUGCAAGGGCAUUAAGCUCAACCAAAAAAAAAAAGAAAAAAAAGAAAGCCAAGCUAAGGUUGUUCUCCACCUGGUUUGCAUCGUUCCAUUGAUGGAUCCCUUGUUGGAUUUCUUAGAUUUAUCUUGUGUUCAGUGGAUGGAUGAACAGCUUCGAUUUUCUCAACAAUUCCACGCAGGCUGUUCCGAUUCCAUUAUCCAAAGCAUCCAAUGCCCAACGUGCUUUUGGGUUUGCUGCCAAGAAGCUUGGGUUUGAUUAUAUUGUGAUGAAACCAGGUAAGAACCUCGUCGGCAUUCUCAGUAGGAAAGAGUGUGAGCUCUGAUGGGCUUCCUGGCCUUGUAUGAACCAGAAAUAAUCUUUUUUUUUUUUUUUUGGGCUUUAUAUUUUCUUUGGGCAGAUAAUGACCGUGGUUGUAGAGAAUCUCUGAGGGAGCAGUUUGAUGGGAAGUCGAAUUUCUUCUACGUGGAGCUCCCGGAUGGCACGACGUUGUCAUAUGCUGUGGAGGACGAGGAGAAAUUCCCUGUGCAAUUUGGGCGCGAGGUACCUUCGAUUUUUACUCUCUGUGGCCAUCGCUCAUCUCCUAGCCCGGCUGGUUGGUUCCUCCUCGGUUGCUUAGGAGGUUAUGGAAAAAGGAAGCCUGCAAAUGGAUGGUCUUGCACUAUCUAUCUAGGGUAAAACUGGGCCCUCACUCAUCUCCUAGCCGGGCUGGUUCUUUCUGGGUUGCUUGGGAGUUUAGAGAGAAGAAAGCCUGCAAAUGAAUGGCCUUGCUCAAUCUCUCUCUCUCUCUAUCUAUCUAUCUAUCUAUCUGGGUUACCAACUUUCCAAGUCUAGAGCAUUAAGAAGCUCAUUCAUGGCCUUCUCUGUUGCAGGUUCUAGCAGGGCUCUUGAAUGUGGCCGACCGAGCCGACUGGAGGAACUGCAAGCUGGGCAAGGAGGAGGAGUCACGGAUGGCAGAAGGUUUCCGGAAAGGGUUCGGAGAGUUCAAUCCCACUCAGUGA